UUUCAAUAGAUCAGGAGCUGGAGCACCGCCCACUUGUCGAAGUUUCUAGCAGCAGGAAAAACAUUUGCAGUCUGAUGUGAUGAUGUGAGCUGCCUGCGCUCGCAUCAGACCGGUUAUAGCACCGCUUCUUCAUGAAGACAAUGGUUAUAGCCUCAGUAGAUUUUAUUAAUGUGUUUUUGCUUCGAAUCGAGUAAUUUGAUAAUCUAGUAGUAGACCGGAGAUUAGACUGACAGCUGAGUAUGUUCGGGUGUCUGGUAGCAGGCAGAUUGGGAGUGUAUUUGACUGACGACGAAAGAAGAACACCUUAGUGUCCAGACCGAUGCCCAGCAGGUCGCUGGAGAUAAGUUUGUGUUCAACCUGCCGGAUUAUGAGAAUGUGAACCAUGUGGUGGUGUUCAUGCUGGGCACGGUGCCUUUCCCUGCUGGCAUGGGAGGUGCUGUUUACUUCUCCUUCCCUGAUCCCGCUGUGGGCCAGGUGUGGCAGCUGCUUGGCUUCAUCACCAAUGAAAAGCCAAGUGCCAUCUUUAAAAUCUCUGGCCUGAAAGCUGGUGAAGGCGGAACUCACCCGUUCGGUAUGAUGGCUGCCCCACAGGCCACCUCAGUGGCUCAGGUCGGUGUUUCCGUCGAACCCCUCGACCAGCUUGCUCAACAGACUCCGGUUUCCAAUGCAACUGUCUCCACCGUGGAUUCUUUCAAACAGUUCACCCAGAAGAUGUUGGAGAGCCUGUACAACUUUACCUCCUCCUUCGCUCUGUCACAAGCUCAGAUGACACCAAACCCCUCGGAAAUGUUCAUUCCAGCCAGCUCAAUCCUUAAAUGGUAUGAAAACUUUCAGAGACGAAUGGUGCAGAAUCCAAACUUCUGGAAGACAUGAUGUGCCUAAGCUCUUCAUUAACAGAGCAGCAGAAACAAUUGUGUAUUAUCGUUUGGGUUGCCUUGAAACAGCUCAGUUAAAAAUAUAACGCCAGUGUCAGUGUACUUCAUGGAUUUUAUAGCUGAAAUGGAACAGCAGACAAGUACGUACAGUAUUACUGAAAGUGUUUUUCUGCAGUGGGAACUGACUUUUUUUUAUUUUAUUUGGGGUUUCUCAGCUAUAGAUGGGUUACAGAAUUUUCAUAGUGGAUGAGUGAUGCUUGUUUGUUAUUGAAAUGCAAUCCUUCACAUGUCUUAACUUUUACGUAAUCUGUUGUACUAGCCAAAAAAAAGAAUAACACUUUCUUCCUGUCUUUGGUAAGGCUUGGAAAAAAAUCAGAUCAUGUUUUUAUUAUUAUUAUUAUUAUUAUUAUUAGUUUGUGUGUGUGUGUAUAUGAAGAAAAUGUAAUAGCAGCUUUUCUUUAUACUGAUUUAGGAACAUUUAAUGUGAAGUAAGGAAAAUGAAUGAACAGUUUUUUUUUUUUUCAUUCUAGUCUGUUUGCUUCUAUGAGAAAAAUGUGAGA